GGAGCGAGCCACCGAUGGCCGCCGUCCAGCUCCGCCCUUUCCACUCCCUCGCGCUCCCGGCGGCGAGAACCACCACCAAUCCCAACUGGAUUCACCUCCCGGCGAAGCCAAGGGCGGGGAACAGAAGCGCCCGCCUCGCCCUGCUCGUGUGCUCCGCUUCCAACCCCGCCACGCCCGCAGCCCCCUCCUCCUCGUCGUCCUCAGGGGAUAAGAAUGGCGCCGCACGAUGGGCCGCGUGGAUCCCGCGCGCCGCAGUGGGCGGGGUCGGCCCCGAGCAGGUCCUCCGGCUCAUCUCCGGCGCCGCGGCCACGCCCAUCUGCCAGUUCGUGGACUCCCCUCGCACCUUCCUCCACUCCGUCGACCCCCGCGUCAAGCUGGUGUGGCUCUUGGCCCUUGUUGUCCUACCAGCCAGGUCAAAUAUUUAUAUGCGGUUUGGUUUGGUAGCUGGCCUUGCUCUUCUUUCAAUGUGGGUUCUGCCAAAUCAUGUUUGGAAGGAUCAACUUGGAAGGGUUACUCUUCUUUCAGGCAUCAUAUUCAUAAUGUUGGGAUUUGGUGCCGAUGGCACGCCUUCCCUACUACAGACAAGAACUCCUCCCCCAUCUGUUCUAGGUGUGCCGAAUAUUCCUUGUUCCUUGAGUGGAUAUUCUUACACAAUCAUGAAACUAGGGCCACUACAGUUUACAAGGAAAGGCCUAGCAGUAGCAAGUACAUCGGCAUGCCUCUCCUUUGCAAUAUUCCAAAGUGCAAGUCUCUGCUUGACCACGACCACUCCUGAGCAGCUUGCUUCUGCUUUGUGGUGGUUUAUGAUUCCACUGAAGCUUAUUGGUGUACCAGUACCCGAGAUAGUACUUACACUGCUACUAUCUUUGAGGUUCAUUAAUCUAGUAUUUGAUGAGGUUCGCAAUUCAGCACUGGCAAUCGUAACACGUCGGAUUGAUUGGAAAAAUCUGGCCACUAUGGAAACGAUAGAUAUUUUCUUCAACUAUGUCCAGCGAAUUUUCAAGAAUAUAUUUGAUCAUGCGGAGCAAAUAUCCAAGGCAAUGAUUGCGCGAGGAUACCGUGGUGACCCUAACAACCACAAGAUCUACUUUCUCACGGAGUCCUCAUUUCGCAUUGUGGAUGCAUUUUCGUUGCUUUGCUUAUUUGCCUUAAUGGGCCUGGCUUCCUUUUCAGAUAGAUUGGCUUGAUGGAACACUUCUACAUUGUGAUUUACAAAAUCAAUUUUGGAACAUCUUGGAGCAGCAUUUGAAGUGAAUUAGAAACAGAGCAGUAGCAUGAUCAUGUCGGUGGAAACAAGUUUGUGAUUUCCAUGUGUACAGCAUGGCUCCCUCCCGGAGAAAAGAAUGACAUCUGAAAAGUGAUUACACUAACCUCAGGUUAAAGCAGGUAUCUACGUAUUUUAGGCGCACCACCUUGUGGGAGCUGAUCAUGUAACGCUUACAGCUAACAUUAGUCUAACUGUCUUAGCGAAAGGUGUCUGUUAGUACGGUGUUGCCAGAUGGGACAAUCUCAAAUAUCUGUGUAUCACUACCCCAUGAAUGCCAUUCAAAUCUACGUUAUAAGAAGAUAUGUUCAUUUCAUUUGAUAGCAUUGACUUGUACUUCCGUUUGGUUAAGAUCUGACUGCCAACAAUGACCAUCAUCGGAUGU